AACGUGUCAAACAGCAGCAGAAACUAAUAAUAUUUCAAAGGUUGAAACAAACUGUUUCUCAAGACUCUGGCUGUCUCCUUGCCAAAUGGUUCAAGGCAGUGUUUCUCUAUAUGGAUGGAUUUGCAUACAUUGAGGUGCCGAAAGGGACAAUGCCUGAUUUUGGGACUUAUCUGCUGCCUACUGUUCAUGAUUAUACUUUCUUUAUACCCUCUACAGGACAUAGCAGGUUGUUCUAUUCCUUCUCCGGCAGUUGACCUGUCUGUGUUGUGUAAAGAAGCCAAGAAAAAAUGCAAUCUCAACUAUGAUUCAGACAAACACUUUAAUCCCUUAGACCCAGUUAUCCCCAGAGGCGAACCUCAACAGGGUGCCCGAUCUGAUUUAGGGGAUGCAGAUCAACCUCCUCAUAAGAUGGCACUUAUAAUUCCAUACCGUGAUAGAUUGGAGGAGCUGUUGCAGUUUGUACCCUAUAUGUAUAAUUAUCUGAAUGGAAAACACAUAGCUCAUCGGAUUUAUGUCAUAAACCAAGUGGAUAAUUUCAGAUUCAACAGAGCUUCCUUGAUCAAUGUUGGUUUCUUAGAAAGUCGAUCAGAUUGUGAUUAUAUUGCCAUGCAUGAUGUUGACCUGCUACCUUUGAACCCAGAACUAGACUACGGCUUUCCAGAGUUAGGACCUUUCCAUGUUGCCUCACCAGAAUAUCAUCCUAAAUAUAAUUACUCUAAAUUUGUUGGUGGAAUUCUUCUUAUGAACAAAGACCAUUUCAUUCAGGUGAAUGGAAUGUCCAAUAGAUACUGGGGCUGGGGACGUGAGGAUGAUGAACUGUAUGUGAGAUUAUUAAAAGCUCGUCUGCAGAUAAGACGUCCAAAGGGACUCAAAACAGGAAGAAAGGACACAUUUCUUCAUAAUCAUAAUGCUUUAAGAACAAGAGACAACAAAAGAUAUUUUAAUCAAACAAGGUUAACCAGUCGUUUGGAUAGAGAAACUGGCGUGAGUACUGUGAAGUACAGUGUAGAUCGUCGUGUCAACUUGGUUAUUGAUGGAGCACCUGUGACAAUGCUAAAUGUGCGCUUAAAGUGUGAUCUGGAAAAAACAAAGUGGUGUUUAAAGAAAGAGGACCAUGAAAAGCUAUACAGAUAUGGAGCUAAUUCUAUCAUAAAUAACUGAUAUUAUAUUACUGGUUACAAAUCAGAACUUUUUGUCUGUGAUAGGAGUAGCCUUUUCAGGAAUCAAUUUGUCCAAUGAAAGUUAUUUUUAAUAGUACAUUGUAUAUGGAUUACAUUUUUGCAUUAAUUGGAAAGACUAUUUGCCAUCACCACAGUUACUACAUAUAAAAGAUGGCAGUUUAUGUUAAUACAGCUGGCUGCAUUCUGGUUGUCCAUGCUGUGACCAGGAUUUCUGGCAACAGACUUUGAUUCAUGGUUCUGUUACUGUGAUAUUACAUGUUUUAUUGAUCAAGUUGAUACAGGCCUUGCUGCUUAUGACUUUGUGCACCACCAUCAUUGUCAAAGGGGCUCAAUUACUUGAUAAAGCUCUUGAUACUUUUGACUUUGGACUCAGGCAUCAAAAUCAAAAGGGCUCAAUUACUCGGGUAUUUUUGUACUCUCUAAAACAGUUUAUUGUCCAAUGUCCAUUGUUUUAAAGGCUGGUUUCAUUUUAAGAAUAAGGAAAAAUAAAAUUGGCUUAUAAAAUAAUGAAAAUUGGACAAUUAAAGAUUUUAGAAUCUAAAUAUUUGACCUAAACAUCUAGUUGCUUAAAAACAACGACCGUAUUUAAAUAAUGUCUUUAUCAGAAUCGUCCAUGUUUAAUUCUUGUUCCUGUCCUUUAAUCACUAAAUCAAUCACUACUAAGAUUUGUAUUUCCUUCCUGUAUUUGAUUCUGUCAUUAUCAGUAGCUCCAAUUUACUGGCAAUGCUUACUUUAUAACGUUGUUAGCCAUCAUUGAUUAUAUGUACUUAUUAAAGUAAACUUGAUAAUUUUUGCAUAUGUGUGAUAGAUAUAGGAUCUUAUUGAAUUUUCAGUUGAUAUGAGAUUUUACAAAAUGGAAACAAAUUUAAGAUACUUUUUAUCACAUAACUAAGAAAAGGUUUAACUUAAGGGAUUAUGUUUUAAAAGUUUUUAUGAGAUCACAUGAAUUCCUACAAUGAUUUGUGCCAUUUAAUUUCAUGUAAGUUAUUUUAUCAUAUUCAUAUUUUGUGUUAAUAUCACUAAGUUUUAUCACUAAUACAGCAUGUGUACAUUUUAAAUGUUUGCCCUUGUAUCAUUCACACUAUAUAUAUGAUUUAAUCAUACACAUUAAACUUCAUUAUAGAAAAGUAAAACUUGGUAGACACUCUGUAUUAGAGACCAGGUAUCACUUUGUUACCAGUCAAUAUCUUGCCAUCAGUGCAGAUGUCAAAUUUCUGAUGUACAUUAAAUGAAUGUAUAUUCAUAAUUGUCUGCUAUAAUAGUUUUGCUAUUUUAGGAAGUUACAGAGUUUUUACAGAUAUUAAAAGAUUAUAGAGUUUAUCAAGUUUUAAUUUUUCAAUUUUCCUAAGAAGACAAAUAUUUGAGUUUUAUGCAUUUUAAUCAAAUAUUGCUAUCAAGGUUAUGUAUGUAAUAUGUUUAUGUCACAGUAUCAUUUCAACAGAAUUGUUUAAAGUCAGCAUUUUCCUGCCAGUGAAUAUUACAGUAUUAGCAUAGAAAAGCAUUAGCAGUGUACUGUGAAAUUAUGGACAGUCGUUGCCAGUUGAUAUAUUUGUAAAUAUAUUGCUAAUUUUUACUUUGGUAAUACAUUUGUAGUAUUCAUUUAAUAGCCAUCACAAUAAAUUUCCAUUCAAAAAACAGAAAAACAUCAUCUUUAAGAUGCAUUUAGGUGAACUGUGAUGCUUUCAGGCUUGUUUUUAGAGGAUGCUUCAUUAUCUUCAAAAAUGGAACAAGAUACCAUUUAUAUACAUGUACUGGAAUAGAAGAUAGUUUACCUAACAUACAACUUUCUUCAUUCAUUAGCAUCAGAUCCUGUGUGUUUACAGACACAAAGGGCAAUUUUAAAACAGUUUUAUCAAGUUUGUGAUUAUUUACAUCUUUUUAUUCAACCACAAUAUAAAAAGUGGCCUAUGAUUUGAAAAAGUGAUACCCUGAAAUGUAAACCUGGAUGGUAUUCCUUAGAUUUUAUGUUUGAAUAAGUAGGACUCAAGAACUUAUUUAUUCAUCAGAUGGAAUUUCAGAGUUAUUGUAGGCUGUCAUUGCUGUACAGACAUAAGCUUUGUGAGCUGGCAAUUAAUGAAAUUAAUCUUCAAAUUGUACUUGAUGACAAUGCUUAUUUAAAUGCUUCAGAAACAAAUCACGCACUUGACAUAUUUAAGACUAAGUGUAUGUAUUGUAAUAUUGUUUUUUGCUUGUUUAUAUAAACAAGUGCCAUGAAAUAUUACUGUUACAUUUUCAAUAUAAUACUUUUCUAUCCACAAGAUCUCCUGUAAGCACGAUAAAAAGGAUAUAAGUGACUAGUAUUAUGAAACCUGCUUUUACUGACAAAGAUUAGAUCUGACAUGAUUUGAUAAUAGGCUGCUAUUCAUACUUUGGUUCGAUUGAGAUUUUUUACUUGAGCUUACCAAAUUGUGGACUUUGGUGAUAAUUGAAAAUUUAAACCAAGUUUUGUAUACUAAUCUACUUUAGAUCCAAAGAUUUAUCAGAGCAUAGAAACAUGUACAUGUACAUUCAUACAAUACUUGCACUGAUAACUAUUUAUCUUACAUUCAGCAUACUUUUUAUUAUUCAAUGAAGUUUUUGGUAGUUAUUUUAUUUUUCUAGAUAUUAUUUUCUACCUUUGGAUGCCAAAAACUGAUAAAUUCUUUCGGUCACUGGAAUCAUUCUCAUGAAUGAAUGGGGAAUACACUGAUUCUAAAGUGUGCUGAAUGAUAUUGAAAUUGAAUUGAAAUUUUAAAAGUAAAAAAUGUUUAAAACUUUCUCAAUGUGUCUUUAUUGUCUUUCAUUUUUUAAAAACGUUUUCAUAUGUCCUACAGAUAUGAGCUGUUGUCAUAUGUACAUGUAUAUGUGUAAGAUUGCAUUUUAACAGUUGGUGUAUGUAUGUCUAUUUCAAUACAAAUUCAGCUUUAAGUUAGUUUAUUAUGAGCAUAUGUGAUGAAGCUACAAGAUGAAUUUUUUUUAUUGAUGUAUAACAGGACAUCAUUUUAAUAUCUUAUGUAUGUAAAUGUGUGAUUUAUUGUGAAUUUAGAAAAUGCUUGUGCCACACCUGCCUAAUCGUACAUCCAUAUCAGUUCAUUUAAUGUCUAAUUUGGCAAGAUGUUUCAAAAAAAAAAAAUUAUUUUAACUUUGAUAGAAUAAUUUGUACUUAAUAAAAUCCAGAAAGGAAGCAAUGAGACUGAACACAGGUAUGUGCUUUGAUUGUCUCCAAGUCAACCAAGAUUUGAUUGACAAUGUGUGAAGUGAAUGGAAAAUUAUUCAUUUUCUAUAGUAUUGUUUUUAUAACAUCAUAUAAAUCUAUUUGUGUAGAAUCCUGACAGCAUAUGUUUUUCACUUCACAUUUCAUCAUUUGACAAGAAAUUUUGAAAAAAUUUGAUUUUUUGAUGGUAGUCCUGUUUUUGUGUUAUUCAUACCAAGUACCAAACAUUAUUAUUCCAGCACAGUGUGUCUUUUUUUAUAUUCAAGGUAUAAAGCCUGCACAAAAUACAUAAUUCUAUAUUUCGUUAACAAAUAUGACAUUGUAUCCUGUUUAUCAUGGGAUAUAAAUAUAUAAGCCUAUGUUUUCACCAAUGAUAACUUUUCACUUCAUCUUUUUUUUUGUACUUGUAAGUUUUAGAUGGAAAAUAUUCUAUAAUUUUACUUAAUGAAGUCUGAAGCAUUCACAUCUGCACCAUGUACUUAACAUAGAUCUACCACGUGUAAUGUGCUUGUCAUGGGUACAUGGAUUGGAAGGAGCGAGAAUAAAAUGAUCAUUUAAUAUUAUAUAA